AUGGCUGAAGCUGCGGCAGUCGUCGGUCUCAUUGCGUCCAUCGCAUCACUUAUCGACCUAGGGCUGAAGAUCACCACGCGACUCCACGACUUCACCACCAGGACGUCUGAGGUGCCUGAGUCGUUCAGAUCGCUCGAGAAGCGACUGCCACUGCUCACGUCCACCCUGAGACUCAUUCAGCAGCAGGCUGACGCCGGACGGCUCUCCCUCGAAGUCUCGAACGCGCUUCGAUCCCUGACCCAGAGUACAGCGACCCAACUACAAGUGGUCGAGAGAUGUCUGUCUCAGAUCACUCCUCCCUCCGAUGCCUCGCGUCUGCGUCGAGCGGUCAAGGCACUGCAGAGUCUGACCAAAGACGGAGAGAUCCGAGUGGCAGUCGAAAGAAUACAGCAAGACAUCGAUUUUCUCGUCUUGCACCAGACCACCCAGCAUGUCGAUGUGGGUGACCAGAUCCUGGCAGCUCUCGCUCAGUUACAGCUGGGACCAGUCCCGACACCAUCCCUUCCACCUCAUCGAGGGCAUGUUGUCGGAAACGUCGCUGUCCACGACCAGGCUCGUGUUCACCUGGGUGAUGUCUACCAGGUGCACCAGCAGCCCGGAGCAGACCCGCUGAAGGUCUUUGGUCUUUGCUUGACCUCGGCGCCGCUGAUGGAGCCUGACAGCUUUGUGGGACGGGUCCGGGAGCUCGAGGAGAUGGCACGAGCUCUGCGACCUGGCGAGCCUGCGGUGGAACAACGGCGAGUGGUGUUGGGUGGACUGGGAGGUAUAGGAAAGACACAACUGGCCAUCGCCUAUGCUCGAGAGCAUCAGGCCAGCUACACUUCGGUGUUAUGGCUCAACGCCACCAGCGAGCUCACGUUGACGGCCAGCUUUCGAUCGAUCGCGGAGACCUUGCCCAGUGCAUCAUCUGUAGGGAAGCUGGAUGACGAUGAGGUGCUCAGACAUGCGUUUAGAUGGCUGUCGGACGUCAGGAACACGCAGUGGCUGUUGAUAUACGACAACUACGACGAUCCUAAGCAAUACAAGAUCACGGAGUACAUCCCCACGACGUGCAACGGAACGAUGAUCAUCACAACCCGUCUGCCUGCGCUCGUCCAGGGUCAACGCAUGCGACAGGUUCGAGUCUCGUCCAUGGAGGAUGUCGAGGAGAGCUUGCAGAUACUACAGAACCGAUCGCGACGGGACGAUGUACGACUAGAUCUUGAUGCUCACCGACUGGCUCAACGCCUUGCUGGUCUUCCCCUCGCCCUGGCCACAGCAGGUGCGUACCUGGGAAAGACCACCCUGACUUUCCGCCAGUACCUCGAAGCCUACGAGCAGCGCUUCAACAUCCACCCCCGACGGCCCGUCAACCUGGAAGAAUACGCGGACAGAACCCUCCACACGACAUGGAACUUGACGUAUCAUCGGCUCGAGCGCCAUGAUCCGCUCGCGGCCAAAGUGCUGAAGCUGCUGGCAUACUUCGACCACCAAGAGAUCUGGUUCGACUUGCUCCGUGCGGGGAUAGAGGACGACUCACCCGACUGGCUCCGAGAGGUGGCGGGCGACCAGAUCGACUUCGAGAGCACCAUGGGCACGUUGGUGGACUACUGUCUCGUGGAAGCUCAACCCCGGACCAGGUCGUACGGGAUACACAACUGCGUGCACGACUGGACGCUGGCACAACUCAACCAGCCCCGGAGCGAGCCGCUGUUCUGGUAUGUCGUGCAAUGCGUGACGGGCAGCGUUGACGAGGAUGACUGGGGGUCCCUCGCACAACUUCGUUACGCUCGUCUCACUCGUCACGCACUGCGAUGUGCCAGUCCUCGUUUCACACCGCUUACCCACUCGGACGAGAUCUCACCUGACCAUCUUGCACAAGUCGUCAACCUUGCAGAGAUUUUGAGCCAGCAAAUCCAGUACUCGGCAGCUGAGCAGAUGUACGCGCGAGCACUGGCUGGGCACGAGACAGCGCUGGGACCUAACCACACCUCGACCCUCGACACGGUCAAUAACCUAGGCAACCUAUACCAAAAUCAAGAUAAGCUAGACGAGGCAGAGCAUAUGUACUUACGAGCACUGGCUAGCUAUGAGACAGCGCUGGGACCUAACCACACCUCAACCCUCAACACGGUCAACAACCUGGGCAACCUGUAUCGUGAUCAAGGCAAGCUGGACGAGGCAGAGCAGAUGUACUUACGAGCACUAGCUGGCUACGAGACAGCGCUGGGACCUAACCACACCUCGACCCUUACCACGGUCAACAACCUGGGCAGUCUGUAUGCCGAUCAGGGCAAGCUGGACGAGGCGGAGCAGAUGUACGUGCGACUGCUUUCCUGGUACCGAAAGCCUGACGCUGCGACACGAUGGCAGUACCCCAUCGUCAACCUUGCCGCACUUCUAGAUCAGAGUGUGAGGCUGGCUGAGGACAAGCAAGCUGCAGUAGUUUACCUAAGCCGUCUCAUCCGGCACGUGACCACGUGGGGUCGAAGAGGGAACUCAGGCCUACUGCACUACCUUCCUAAAGCGCUGAUCAGGGUUAACGACGAUGCCAAUGCUCAGAUUGCUCUUGUUCAGCAGAUGAAGAUUGGAAUGGAGGACCACAUGGCGUUGGACUUCUCAGGUGUACAAUGUGAUGGUUGUCAAUGCGCGGUCGCCCUUGUUGUGGGUCGUCACAUGUGCCGUCGGUGUGGAGACGUUGACCUGUGCAACGCCUGUAUGUCUGCCUACGUGAGUAAAAGAAUCAUUUUGCCGAGCUGCAGUGGACACGAGUUCUUCGACGCAGGGCUAGGGGUGUCGGACAUGCUCACGUCAUCCGCAGGCAACACAAAGAUCGAUGUAGAUGGAUGGAUGGCCCAGCUCCAGCAACAAUACUGCACAGACCAAGAAGCCUCACUAUGUCGGGAUCUGGCCUCCUCCUGA